CGCAUGCUUAUCGACCCUCAGGACAACGCGAGCUGUUCCUCCCAGUUCGACUCUGGUUCAUUGCCUCCGAUGAUGGCCUCCAUGCGCGCUGACUUGCCGCGGGUAGAGUUGCUGGACAAAGGAAGCAACAGUAUUAACUUGCGAGGGCCCAGCAAGAGCAACAAUGACGCCUGUUCGUGGCGCUCGCACAUCCAGCGAGACGAGGCCGAGCUCCCAAGCGGCGUUAGUAGUGAUCGGAACUGCAGAGACUCAAAGAUGCGUACAUCCGCGUCAGCUAUGGUGCUGGCUCGGAAGCGCAAGCGCGACGAGCAGCGAAAGCUGCUAAACUCUAAGAAGCAAUGCACAGACAGCGAUGGUAGCGAUUACACUGCCGGAGACAGCGAACAAGACAGCUUAGACAUGGAAGAACAACUCACCGCGUUCGUGGAAUAUAAUGCGACGGAUAUGGACAGCUUGGAUAUUAGCCCGAGCCAAGACUUUGACGGAGAUGAAGAGCAAGAUACAGCAACUCAAGCCUCGCAGUAUAUGCAAACAUGUAGCUGGCAAGGCGUCACGGAUGUGAACCAGUUUCAGGAAGAAGCAUCUGAGGUUUUUGAUAACGUUAUUUAUGCCCCGCGACCAGCUUCGAUAUCUGUUGGUAGCAGUAAAUCUACUCUCGACCGGCCACAAGGACAAGGGAUCGCUUGUUUUUUAUUGCCGACAUCUAAUACUAUCCCAGAAGAGAGGGCAGUGGUUGGACCCGCUUCAGAUGACAGUGAGGGUUCGCUGAGUGGUAAAUGGAUUUGA